UGCGGAGUGUCCAAUUUGGCGUGCCUGGCAAUACGUGGACAUUGGAAGAUGGCGCCAAUUGGAUCUAUGGCAAUAUCAAGGAUAAUCCGCUUUUGACCGUCAUGGAAGAUACCGGAUUUGCCGCACCCUACAAUGAUUAUGCUUCCUUUAUUGCCUAUGGAACUGAUGGACUCCUCGUGGACGAGACGCUCUAUACGGCAGAAGAGGAACGGUUCAGGACGGCAUUGGAGGAUGCCAUUGCCGAGGUGGAUGAAAAUUUGUGGACACCGGCACAUGACUUUUACACCGAUGUUGGUGUCAUUGGCUUGUUGCAACAGAACGGAUGGUUUGUAGGACCCGAAAAUACCGUCAUGAACAACUUGGACCAUGAUAUUCAGUGGGCUUGGUUGGAUUGGGAAUGGGCCACUUCCGAGGUCAGCCUCCGCUUUUUCCCCACGGCUGCCUACGAAUCUCUCAUUGUAGCCGAUCCACGAGGAUUUGAAUUUUUGCUGCAAACCUACUUGCAACAAAAUGCCAAUACGACCAGUUUGCGGACCGGCACAAGAGCCUUGUCGGUUGCCUACGAUGAAAAUAUCCCCUCCCAAGGAGGCAAAACCUACAAGGCACGAGUCCAUACCAACAAUGGUGCGCAGUGUACGGAUUAUGUGGCACAGAGAGUCAUUUCCACCGUGAGCGCGGGUGUGUUGAAUGCGGGAUUGAUCCAGUUUCAGCCUCCUCUUCGCUUCCCCGCGGAAACCCACAAUCCCAUGAAAAUGGCCCAAUACAUCAAAGUCACGUACCAGUUUGAAAAUCAGUUCUGGGAUGAUAUCGAGUUCAUUCGGGUUCUACGAGAAGCGGGUCAACGUGGACACUGUAAUCAUUGGCAAAACAUGAACUAUUUCAUGCCGGGAAGUAAUAUUAUUCGCUGUGAGCUCAUGACAGAGGCAUUUGAAGAGCUCCUUCAACAGGGCGGACAACGCAAUUUACCCGAGUCGACAAUCGAUUCGUUGCUGGACCCACUGCGAUUGGUAUAUGGCGCCGACGUCGUGGGAACUCCCAUUGCCACGUAUGUCAACAAUGUGCACACAGACGUGAGCUUUGGAUUUGGUGCCUAUUCCAGUUGGGAGAUUGGCUACACAUUCACUCAAUUUGGUCAGUUUUAUGGAGGGAUAGACUCGUUGACGGCUUAUUGUGAGCACAACGGAUGCAAUUCACUGCAAGAAUGGAUUUUGCAUUUCUCUGGAUCCCACACGUGCUUUGAUCAAUCCGAAACCGUCCAUGGAGCCAUGUUCGCAGGGCAACGCAGCGCCAACUUUGUGCUCAGUGAGCUCGGCUACAACGUUGACACGGAUAAAAGUCCCUGUGACGUUGACUGGGGCUGGUUGGCCCGGUAGAUUGGAUAGCUUUCAGUCAGGCGGCGGAAACGUUCCCAAUUCAUGGCAUGGACGGGUCUUUUGUCACAGAAUUUCCGCUUGCGAGGCAGCGAAAUGAUGAGAGAGCAUGCAUGGAUGGCUGGAACGUGACGAUCACUGAACUCCAGCAAAAGUCGAGACGAGGGCGGGAGUAUUGCUCGACAUGUACAAGUAGAGAAAGGUGGCAGUUCUGCAGUGCCGUUGGUGAAAUCCAAGUGAUCGAAGACUGUUCAGCUUGGGACGAAACCUCAAGAAUUUGUU